AUGGCAUUGUCCCCAGAGUCUGGCUCAUCAGAUUCAUCAUCAGAUGCACAAUCAGAAUCAUCGACCAUUAUCUACGACCAUGAGAGCUUCGCUCAGUUUCAGGCCAAGGUUUUAGCUUUCACUCGCUCCUGCACUUGGCUUCCUUCAUAUGACGAGGAUGAGAUCACUGUCGAGCGUCUUCAUGGUGGUACCUUCAAUCGGGUCAUCGGCCUGACCUUCACGAGCAGCCAAAGAAAGGACCAGGAUUUGACAAGCAGCCCACCCACGGAGAAAAGAACUUCGGAGACAGUUUCCAAUUACAUUCUGCGGAUCCCACGCUUCAAAGAUGCUCGAGUUGACGAUGAUGUCGCUGUGCUUCUGUUUGUCAAACGCCUCCCAGAGAUCGAGCUCUGCCCCAGGGUUCCUGAGAUUUCGGUCCCGGAGAUCAUUGCAUUCGACGAAACGGAGAACAACUGUCUUGGGUCAUGCUUUAUGGUUCAGAAGCGCCUACCCGGCCAGCCCCUUGUCCAUAUCUACCCUCAGCUUGGGCAUGAGAAGCAGCGGAGAGUCGCACGCGACCUUGGCCAUGUCUAUCGCCGGAUGCUCUCCGUAUGGAGCACGCACGCUGGAAGACUGGUACUUCCGGAGGACAACAAGUCUCUUCAUGCAGAGAUCCACGUCACAUCCUGGGAUCCACGUGCAUCGAUCUUCUUCACGGGUGAGCAGAAGCCACGGACGUCUGCUCCAUAUCGCUCCGGUCGCUCCGGUGACUCCGUUCUUGAGCUACUAAGGCGGACUUUCCAAGAGCAGAAGACAGAACUCCGAAAGAGCGUGCCCAGUGACACCCUCAGGCCGCAUCUUUUCGACCGAGUCUGCAAAAUGGUUUCCGAAAUGGAUGCAGCUGGCUACUUCAAGGAAGUGGAUGGUCAUUUCGCGCUCUCGCACCUCGACCUUGAGCCUCGCAAUAUCCUGGCCGAUCUGGAGUCACCGCCGGACGGUCAGAUCAUAAGCGGUAUCCUGGACUGGGACAGUGCCGUUCUGGCUCCAGCAUUCAUGUCUUGCGCUCCACCUAUGUGGAUAUGGGACUGGCAGGAGGACGAACACGAGGAUGAGCGAUUGGCCAAUGAGGAGCCCGCGACCCCUGAGCAGAAAGAGCUGAAAACGGUGUUUGAAACUGCUGCCGGUCCUCAGUAUGUUCGAUGCGCAUAUCAUCCAGCCUAUCGGCUGGCUCGCCGUCUUGUGCGCUUCGCGAUCGACGGCAUACGGUCGAGUGAGGAUGUGAAGGAGGCUGAGGCUAUGCUGGGAGAGUGGCAAAGCCUCCUCCUGGAACCUGCUGUGAAAGCAACGACAGCUAACGUCAGACCCGAGCACAUGAAAUCGCACGAUAUCUAA